GCCCCUCGUAAAGGCACAAAGCGCGGCAAAUGUCAAGCUCUCAAAGAGGCCUCGCGAAAGAUCCGCAAGGAGAUCGACGAGAUCACCAUCGACGAAUAUGCCAUCCAAACCACAAAGCAAGCAACCAGUCCCUUCCCAUCUGAGACGACCCAGAACCCCGAAGACGUCGCGGCCCUCAAGAAAUACGAUGCGAUCGAAGAAGAAGAGCUCGCUGCCACUGCCAAAGAACACAAAGCCAAAAUUGCCAAUUCCACCUACUUCACGCAGAACCUACCCGUCCGAAUCAAUGUCGCGGUGCCGGAGCAAGGUCGUUUCACCCGCGAAGUGGAAACCACAAUCGGCGAAAUUCGCAACAUAGAGCUCGUAACCGACAUUGUCAAGAACUCUCUGCCUUUCGAGAUCAAAAGGGCAGGCAUUGAUGUUUCAAAGGCCAAAUUCGCUGGUAUCAUGACAUAUGGGCCCACGAACGACUUCUCGAAAGAUCUCAUUCACCACACGCGCGGUCUCUUUGUCGACGAUCAUACCUACAAGAAGUGGUGGCUUGGGGUCAAUCGAGUCGCACGGGUCGACGGAGACCAUUUGAAAAUCGCAGUCAUUCUAGAGGAUGGAAGCAUGCUGAAGAAGUCGGAGUGGGACAUUUCGGAAGGGGAUAUGGAGACUGGCUGCCGAAAUUAUGCGAAGAUGCAGGAGCAGGUGCGGGAUGCAAGGGGGGCCACUGCAGUCCCAGAUGUCCAUGAGAAGGCUGACAAGGCUAAGCUCGAGGCUGAACUCAAG